GUUGACGGGUGUGAACGGUAAGGGACGGAACACCUCCCUGCUGUCUCGUGCAAAUAUUCACUUCUUUGUGCUGUAGAGCGCUUCACUUCUCUUCAUCCAUUAGACCAUUAAAAAGACAAGAACUGUCCUUCGACCGUCGGUCGACGCAUCUUAGUAUGGCGAGUGCAGGAGACGCAGGAGCUGCCAGACCGCAGGACAACAUAACUGAGGCUCACGUGAAGGCAGCGCUGACGGCGGACAAGGGCAAUGAGGCCGACUUCGUCUCGUGGAGCGUUAAGGACUUUACAAACAAGGGCGACAACUACGCCACCAUCGUCACCAGCGUCAAUGUCAAGUUCUUGUUGGCAGGGAAGGAGCAAACUACCUCUUACGUUGUCAAACUCAAUCCUAAGCGAGCUGUUGAAGUCGGCAUGUCAGAAUUUUUUUCAGCAAUAUUUAAGAAAGAAUCAGAAUUUUUCCUGGACAUUCUUCCUCUACUGAACGGUGAGCUGACGGUCCGUGGUCUUCAUAGCUUAAGAGUAGCGAAGUGGUUUUACACAUCAUUAGAAAUAGAAAAAGAGAUGAUUUUCCUGGAGGACCUCCGCUCACGUGGGUUUAUAAUGUUUGACUGCAAGAAGGGAAUGGACGUGGCCCACACCACCCUCGUCCUGAAGGAGCUGGCCAGAUUCCACGCCGCCUCCCUCCUGCUGAAGGCCACGGCACCAGAGCAAGACCUGGCAGACAGGUUCACACUUAUUAAAGUUGACUGGAUUAGUUUCCCAGAUACUACUAAACAAUUAUAUAAUGAUAUGUGUAUUGGCCCAAUGGCGGCCGGUGAGGAGAUACUGCGUGAUAUAGAAGGCUACGAGGUAGCAGCACAGUGGCUGGCCAAACACAAGAACAAUUUUGCUGAUCUUUUACUUCGCCAGCUGGUCAGAAAUCCCAAGUUCGACGUCAUAUGCCAUGGUGACUGCUGGAACAACAAUUUACUCUUCAGGUACAACAAGGAUGGUGACCCCGUUGAGGUGAUGCUCCUUGACCUCCAACUGAACCGUGUGGCCUCCCCGGCCACCGACCUCAACUACCUCCUCUACACCAGCCUCCACGGCAACGACAGGAAGGCCAACUGGCGGGACUUCCUCUCCUCCUACUACGACACCUUCCAGGGUGUGAUGGAGGCCGGGGGGAUUGACAUGCCCUUCACCCUGGAGGAGCUCCAUCAGGAGGUCAGAGACAAGAUGGAAUACGGUCUGCUCUUCGGUACAAUGUCGGUAACGAUUCAAUUGGGCAAAGCUGAAGAUUUUCCUGAUAUGAUCAACAUGAAGGAAGAAGAUGUCCCGAAGAUGUUCGAAAAAUUUCGUCAGAAAACAAUAAAAAUGAUGGAAAAUAAUAAAAUCUUUCGAUCUCGGUUCCUUGCUACUUUUGUCGACCUGAUUCAGCCGUAAGCCAUCGGGUCGUAGUGUCCAGUAAUGUAAUAAAAUGGUUUUAAAAUAA